ACCUCUUGCUUGGGACUUGGGACUUGGGAGUUGGGAGUUUUGGCCCUCUCUUCGUAUCCUCAGCGAUUGAUUGUCCUCUCCUCAUCUUUGGCCAAAAUCCAGUUUUCAGUUUCCCCAAAGUAGGCUUGCUGCCCGCGUGGAUGCUCACUGGAUAGCAAAGUAGCUGAAGAAAUGGCAGACAGAGGUUCGGUGUUGGCUACACUCUGCAAAUCUCAAUGGCCCAAACUUUUCAACUCCAGUCAUGUGGUCUUAAGACCCCUGCUCUUACAUUCUGUUUACCCAAAAUCAUGUCUAGGUAAUUUGAUAUGCAAGGUUUUCUCGAGAGGGGCGGUAAUCAGGCCAGAUUACGGACCCAAAAGUUGUAAUCUCUGGGGGAUGCGCUUGGUUAGGUAUCUAUCCAUACUUCCCAGAGUUCCAGAGUCAGGAAGUAGCGGCAACAUUGCAGUUGUUGAUGAUUGUUUAAACAAAUCUGCAGAAUUGAAAGUAAAAAGAAAGAAACUGAAGGGUAGAAGGGCUGUGGUGAAGUGGUUGAAGUGCUUCAGGUGGAAGAAGAAGAAAGAAUUCCAAAAGAUGACUGCUGAGGAAAAACUGCUUUUCAAUCUGAGAAAAGCACGCAAAAAAGAAGAAAGGCUUCUUGAAGCUUUAAAGAAGAUUGAACCAAAGGAAGAGUCACCCGAAGCCACCCAUGAUCCUGAGAUAUUGACACCAGAAGAACACUUCUACUUUUUGAAGAUGGGGAAAAAAUGCAAGAAUUAUGUUCCUGUUGGAAGACGUGGGAUAUAUCAGGGUGUGAUCCUUAACAUGCACCUCCACUGGAAGAAGCACCAAACACUUAAAGUUGUUGUCAAGACAUUCUCUCCUGAGGAGGUUAAGGGAAUUGCUGCAGAACUGGCAAGGUUAAGCGGUGGCAUUAUUCUUGAUAUUGAGGAUGAUACUACCAUCAUUAUGUAUAGGGGAAAGAACUAUGCUCAACCACCGACAGAGAUAAUGUCCCCCAGAAGCACUCUUUCUAGGAAAAAGGCUCUGGAUAAAUCCAAAUAUAGAGAUGCCUUGAGAGCUAUCAGGAGAUAUAUACCUAGACUUGAGCAUGAUCUUGAGCUGCUUCGAGCACAAGCAGGAAACCAUGCCAGACUUCCUGAAGAAAACGAAUCAAUUGGAUCAGAGAGUUUUGAUUCUGAUCACCAGUUACACUUGCAAGCUGAGGGAUCCAAAAAACUGAAUGAAGUAAAGUCUCAAAAUGGCCAACAUGAUGAUGAAAAUGACUCGGACGAAUCUGAUCUAGGUGAAGAUUCUGAAGAUCUUUCAGAUAUUUUUGAGACCGAUGAGUCUGAGGAUGCAAAUGAUGAGGAUAGUAAUGAGGGUCCCUCCCUUUAUCUGGAUGAAUUUGAAAAGUUUCCAGUUCAUAACAGUCGGGAAACAGAGGAUUUUGAGGAACAUUUGCGUCAAAUAUCUGCUGAUUCAAUGAAAGGGAAAUCCCAAGGUGGAGAUCUAAAGGCAUCAGAUCUAGAUGAAUUUGAUAAGAUGAUCCUGGAAGCUGCAUCACUUUUGAAGAAAAACAGGAGAUGAAAAGCAUCUGUAUACUGGUGUUCCUGCUUACAAGGUUCAUUACCUAGUAUAUAAAGCGGUCAAUUCCUCUUUAGCUAGUUUAUGUGGCUUGGCGCUUGACUUGACUCCCACAAACUUACUCCAGUAGGCGACAUUAUUAAAAGAGAUCAGGACCUAAUGAGUGCUAUGAAAAUGAGACUAGUUUUUUCUAUACUACAAAAAGUGACAAAUUUGCAUAAGCCCAUUUUUUUCCUCAAUCAGUUUGUUAAAUAAAAAUACUUCGUAGUUGCAAUAAACUUGGAAAAAUUGGUAGCUUGUUAACCGAUGUAAACAUCUCAUUGUUGCCUCAUAAGUCAUUGUCACUGCCGCUCAAUUGUUACAGCAAAUGCUUGAGUGACCAAUUCAAAACCCUAAAUCCUGACAUAAGUGUCCUGUUUGCUCUAUCUCUUACUUUAUAGACUCUAAUCCUAAUGACAGUGACUGAUCCAAAGUGCAUCAUAAAUGUAAUCGUGAACAUUAAUUUUCAGGGACCUAUUCUGAAUUGCAUUGUCUUAUUUUUGAGUAUCAUGGAUACAUGUUUGGGGAACUAACAUUAAAAAAAAUUAAUAUGUAAACCUCAUUUAAUUAAAAAUAAUAAUAUUUUCAUUCCAUUCCUUCAAUUUUUUGAUUUUUUAACAAGUGGGGUGUAUACAUUAAUUUUUUUGAAAAUAAAGUGCGAAGUUUAAUAUCACCAAAAAUAUGGGAUGCAUAGUCAAAUUGCACAUACAUACUGUGUGUAGUAGUAAUGAAGUAUGUUACCACUAAUCCUUUGUAUUUCCUAUUCCUAGAAAAGAGAAAAAUGUUGGAGGUGAAUGGUUGAGUUUUAGUCAUUGAUGAUUUGAAUUUGGUCUAUUGUUUCCGUGUGCAAGAAAGGUACACCACUAAGGGCAUCUUCAUCCAUUAGAUUAUUAGAGGAUUAAGUUGAUGUGACAGGUUAUUUAUGGAUCAUGAUUUAGACAUUUAGUGAGGUAGAUUAUUUAAUGUGAUUAUUUGACAAAAUAAUUCCGGAUUGAAAUAUGAAUCUAGAUUAUUUUAAGAUUAUUGCAAAAUUAGAGUUAAUUAGUUAGUGCAUAACCCAGUGACUAUUUUGAGAUUAUGAAUGAUGUAAUUUAGAAGGUGUGAGAUUAUUUUGAAAAAGUCAGUGUCAUAAAAGAAAUUGUUCAUUUAAGUAAGAUGAUGUGGAUGUGGUAAGAACUGAUCAUGGGACAGGUAUCUCUAAGGCUCGAGUUCUUAGUGCAUCUAGUGGAAAGUGGCCCAUCAAGUGUUGUAGCCUAUACGGCGAGAGAUAGAGAUGGUAGAGAAAUAAGGAAUCGUUGGCUUAAAUUAUUUUUCUUACUUUAUUGUUCUUUUCCAUCAUUUGCAAUGGAGCCAAAAGACUCACUAUUUUUUGGCUUAGGAAUAUGAUGGAAUAAAGCAAAAUGUCUCACUAAACUGUUUGCGCUUCUAUGUUAUGAAGUAGCAUUCGGUCCAUGCAAUUUUCAACGUGAUUGUCACUAUGGGUCAUUCGGAAACAAUCUUUUUGUGCUUUUGUAUAUGAGUAAGAUUGCUUGCAUCCGACCCUCUUACACCACCGUAGGUGGAAGCCUUUGCAGCACUGGGGUAAUGAUGAUGACUUUAUUGUUCUUCCAUGUGAUUCGAUUUUGUAUAUGACUAUUUGAAUUUGAAAAAGUCAAAUAAGAAUACUAAUACGAAUAGUAAUUUCAAUUCACAUACUAUCCUCCGUUCUUUAAUUCUUGCAACACUUUGACUUUCACGUUUGUCAACGCACAACUUUGACUAUAAUUAUAUUUAAUUAUGUAUUAGUAAACAUUAUAAAAAGUUGAUACUUUGGAAAUUCACAUUGAUAGGAAUUCAAUAACAUUUUAUACGAAAUAAUUUGAUUAUGUAUAAUAGUAGAAAAUCGUGGUCAAAGUAAGGUCUGUGAAUAGUGCAAAAGUUACAAUGUUGCAAUAAUUAAAGAACGAAGGAAGUAUUUAACUAAUACAAAUAUGAAUACUUAUAAAUUCGAUUUGAAAGUCAUUUAAAUACUCCUUCGUCCCUUAAAAUUAUGUCAUCUUUCCUUUUUGGGACGUCUCAAAAACUUUUUCAUUAUCCCUUUUAAUCAAUUAUUUUGCGGUCUUGUUGUUUCUCUCUCCUCUGCACAAACCUCUACUACACAGUUUUUACUUUAUUAUUCUCUGUGCCGGUCAAAUUUGGCAAAAUUUUAAGGGACGAAGGUAGUAUAUUCGAAGUAUAAUACUACAUAAUAGUUAUAAUAAUAAUAAUAAUAUUAAUAACAACAACGACACUAACAACAACAAUAGCACUAGUAUUACUAAUAACGAUGGUGAAUAUAGAUUUUAGAUUAUUAACUAGCUACGGGACGUACAAGUCCAACUCAUAUACUCCCUUCGUCCCCCAAUUAAGUUCCCGGUUUGACUUCACACGUAUUAAGAAAAUAAAUUUGACUUUACUGUGGAGUGCACUGUUUUGCACUGUUCAAACAUUUUUUGACACUGUUUGGCACUAUUUUGCACUGUUUGACACUGUUUUGAUGUAGAUAAUUUGCCAAAUAAAGAAAGUAAGAAAGUGUUAACUUAAUUUAGGAACUGUCCAAAAAGGAAAGUGGUAACUUAAUUGGGGGACGGAGGGAGUACAAUUUAUACUACUAAUAUCAUACAUUAUUAAAAGCUCAAUUUCAUUUUUGAUUUGUUGCUUCUCGGGUUUUAGUCAUGUUAUUUAUAAUUGUUUUAUAAUCUACAUGUUUCUUACUCAUGAUUUCUAAAAUAGUUUCGGGCAUAACACCUUUUCAUUUUUCACUAUGCAAAGGUCCGGCAAAAACAAGAAAGAAAUGUGACUCAAUAGUAUUUGAGUAUGUUAAUUUUAGUUCUAAUUAAAAUUAAAAUUUAAACAUUACAUAUACGUAGUACUAUGUACUCCCUCCGGUUCCUAUUAAAGUUCCCAGUUUGACUUCGCACAGAUUAAGAAAAUAAAUUUGACUUUACUGUGGAGUGCACUGUUUGGCACUGUUUGGACACUGUUUGACACUGUUUGGCACUGUUUUACACUGUUUUGUUUCCUACAAUGUAAGUGUGAAUUUAAAUAAGGGACAUCCCAAAAAGGAAAGUGAGAACUUUAAUACGUACCGAAGGGAGUAUGUUUUUGCAGUGGGGCAGAUGGAACUGGGUGGCGUGCACUCAAGUCGCAACGUGAAGCCAUUGCUAUUAGUUUCCAUAAGAGGGUCCAGCAGUGGUUAUGGCAAAAGUAAAGCUCUCGAAAAGGAAAGAGAGACGCACCUGUCAACCCUUCUGUAAAGUCUGCAACAAAUAUAAAAGUGAUCUGAUAUGCCUGUUAUGUACCCCCUCAGGUUCUUUUUAUGAAUUAUACAUAGCUCAGAAGAUACAUGAUGCUCCAUUUAAGUCGUUUCACAUUUCCAAAGAAGCAAAUAUUAUCCUUUACCUUCUUGUCCUUAUUAAAGAUGAGAUAGAUGAAAGGGGCUUCAUAGUAAUUUUAGAGGGUUAGAUUGGUGAAUUUGGAUCCACUCCAAAACUGAAGAGUUCCAUUUGGAGAGAGGAGAAAAAUUAUGAUGGGAUAUAUUGUUGAGUAAAACAGAGAGAGAAAGGGUGAGAGAGAUAGGAAGAAUGGAAUGUCAUGGAGUAGUCAGGAAUGUCAAUAAAUGUGUUUUGGUUUGUGC